CUCAUUCAUGGUUAAACAAGAACUAAAACAAAAUAAUUACAAUUUAGGGGCUGUUUGCUUCCUUCUUCUCACCGGCAGCCAGGGGCGGAGCUUGUAGGGACAAAGGACCGCGGCCAUCCAAAAAAACAUUAUAGAUAAAAUGACUAAAACAUCUUUAUUAAAACAAAAAAAUCACAACAAUACUUGAAGCUAAUUCAGUUUUCUAUUUCUUCUUCUCUUUCUCCCUUUUCCUUACAGGUUACAGCCUUCCUCUCUCCCUUCUCCAAAAUCAGAUUCACGAAUCACAACAACCGCGCGGCCGCCUCUGCCAGAUCGCUCCUCUGCUCGCUGCGGGCCUGCGGCCGCCUCUGCCUGACUUCCUCCGUGGCCGCUCGUCGCCCUCGCCUCUCUGUUCGCCGCAAUUUCAUCUGUCUCCAGAUUGCAUUGCUGCUUUGUUCAAAAGUUCAAUUGUAGGAGAAGGUUUUGCUGAUUGAUUUGGUUGUGAGAAGAUGCAUCCUCCUCUAACAUUGCACAAGCACCCUAUGUGCGCUGAAAUUAUUGAACAGUUUCAAAAGUGUCAUGUGGAACAUCCUAUUGCAAAAUUCUUUGGCGAAUGUACAGAUUUGAAAAUAAAAUUAGAUCGCUGCUUCAGAGAAGAAAAAGCUGUGAAGAGAAAGGCCAACUUUGAAAAGAGCAAAGAAUUGAAGGAACAGUUGCGAGUUUUAAGGAAAGAAAAUGCUGUAAACAGCAAUCAAUAGAAAAAUUUCCUGCUGUAUUGAAAACCAAAAUUGUUAUGCAAAAUGCAAUCCAUAGUUGCAUAGAAUAGCAUGAUAUGAUGUUUUGCCACUUCGAAACAGGGAAAUAUUCAAUAUUGAUAUUGUUUGAAGUAUGUCUGCUCUCUGAUGAUAUUUUGCUAUAUGUUCUCCAUUUUGCCACUUCCUUGCUGGUUUGAUGAAUUAGUAUGUAACUAUAUUAUUUUACACCGAAAAACUUGUCAUAUAAUAAGAUGAUUGUUAUGUA